AUGACCAUCGAGACCGCGGUGUGCUCUUGGCUGGCCGUUUCAGCGGGAGUACUCUGGCUUUGCCACGGCUACUCACUCAUACUCGUUCUUCCGAUCACGUUAUUGAGUCUCCUCGCUGGGUUGGCUUCGAUGAGUUAUGUCUUCGAACUUGUCCGACAGAACGAGGAGACAUCCGAUCCCCUCACCGCGGCCUUGUGUGCCUCAUCUCCGACUGACUCGCCCAUCGGCUUCAAAGGCAUCCCACAUAUCACACGGUCUGUUCUUUCACCUUCCCGGAAACCGCGUCGGGAACGUUAUCUGACGGGACAUACAGUGAUAGAUGAAUCGUUGUCGGACGUCCUCCAGUUGCUGUUCCGAGACUACGUCACGCCGUGGUACUCGCUGAUCUCGCAGGAUGAAUCAUUUGUAGCGCACAUCAAAGACCUUUUCCAUGAGGUUGUGGUGAACCUGUCCAACAAGGCCAGAGAAGUAGAUUGGGUUUCUUAUCUCACUGUCAACCUCGUGGAUGACUUCGCAUCACAUCUACGACUCUUCAGACAAGCUCAAGCCAAGGUGAUGCGUAAACCUCAGCAAGAAUCAGACGCGCGAGCGGAAGAUCUCCUCCGGACUUUCUUCACCAUGGAGACCGCUAUGGAACGCUCACUCUGCCGAGACCUUGUCUGCAUAUCAAAAGAACGCGAAAUUCAGUACUUGCAACAGGUUUCCGAAGUUCUACUCUACUUACUCUUACCCCCCGCCGACUUCCAAAACCGAGUCACACGCGUCUUCCUUCGAGAACUCAUAGCUAAUAUCGUUCUUCUACCGGUCAUCGAUCUCAUCACCGAUCCCGACUACAUAAAUCAAACAAUUGUUUGGAUGGUACGUCAGCGUAAAAUCUACAAAUCCGAUCCCGAUAACAAAGAGAGCGGCAUCUCGUCCGACGACUUCAUGGCGGUUCUCCGAUGCACAGACAAUUUGGUCGAGUUGACGGCCACCCUCGAGGUCGUGAAUCACGAGAUUGCGGUCCAGCGAAGUCGAGACAAAGGUGGCGAGCAGGACGAACAGGUGAAGCAGCAGCUCGCCUCGUUGAAUUACGUCCGAGAAAUUAUUGAGAAACGCAUACAGCGUCUUGAGGACGGAACGUGUGAUAACGAUGUUGCCGGAUUCCCAUGUCAGGACGACCUGAAGAAACUCAUGGCAGGCGAACUUUUCAAUAUACCCUUUGAGGAUAUUCUCAACAUGAACAUCGCCUUAUCUUACUUUAUUGAAUUCAUGACCAGCAUCAAUGCCCAAAACUUGAUAAUGUUCCACUUGCAUGUCGAAGGUUUCAAAACUUCGGCGGAACAAACCGCAUCGACAAUGCGAGCUGUGGGAGGCGAUGCCACCCCCUCUCGAGUUGAGAACUCCAUCAAAAGUCAGCGGGAAGCCGCUCAGCAUAUUUAUAGCACCUAUCUCUCUGAGCAGGCUUCCCCACGUAUCAACGUUGAUCAGAGACAUAUCAAGAAGUUCCUAAAGAGAUUCUCCUCCGAGAAGUUCAACAUGAACUGGUUCGACGACAUUCAAGCAGAGGUGAUGGAGAAAAUGCAGGAACCACAAUACUAUGCCGCUUUCAAGAAGAGUUAUUAUUACAUUCGGUUGCUGGCCGAGCUCGAUUUGAUCACCGAUCAGAGGGAGCCGAGCGUCAAGUCCGACGAGGACAUGGAGUCUCUCGGACUGUCUUACGGCAAUCGGUCGUACGGCAGCGGAGAGGAUUCCGCAAGUCUGAACAGUCUCGAACCCGGUGGGGAGGACGUCGAAUUUCUGACUCCGCCGCCAGAUGAGUUUCUCGCGUCAAAUAUGCCUCCUCCGCAAUCGCCCAGCGCUGAGUCGUACCUCUGUGCCUCUAUCUACAAUACGGGAAUCGUGCGGCGAGGUACAUCGACGUACGCCUUGUACGCAAUCUCCGUCACGAAGCUUGAACCGAACCAGAUGGAAGCAAAGUGGUGUGUCUUCAGGCGCUAUUCGGAUUUUCAUGACUUCCACACAAAGCUUCUUAAACUCUUUCCUCAUCUUGUCACGACGGCAUUCCCCGGUAAAAAGACGUUCAACAACAUGUCGACAGCUUUCUUGGAGCAGCGGAAAACUCAACUCAACAUGUACCUCCAGAGUCUACUGCAGCCGAGCGUUCUAAACUAUAAGGAGAACGCAGACAUGGCUAGACUAGUGGAACAAUUCCUGGAGCCUGGACGAUACGAGCACACGAUUAAAAAAACCAAACGCGGUAUGAACGCUUUCGUGAACCCGCUGAAGACUUCCGUGAGGACGGUCGGAUCGAUGGUCAAAAAUGUUCCCGAGAACAUAUUUGACGGAUUGAAAGACGGCCUGGUACGGGUGAUGCGAUCGAAACCCGCGGAGCAUUUCGAGGACAACUCCAAAGUAGGAGCGGGCAUCGAUAUCGAUGUCGACGACAAUAUCCCAUUCAGAAUCCUCCUGCUUCUGAUGGACGAAGUGUUCGACUUGAAAACUCGCAACACAUGGCUGAGACGUCGGAUCAUCGUCAUUUUACGUCAAAUCGUCAAAACCACAUUUGGAGAUACGAUAAAUCGGAGAAUCGUCGAGUCUGUGGCGGAGCUGACCUCUUCAGAGCAGAUCGCGGAAUACGUCAAGACCUUCAAGAACGCGCUCUGGCCCAACGGCAUCCUCGCCGAGCAGGGGAGAGAGCGCGACGCGAAAACUAAAAAUCGCACAAGAAUCGCCGCGAAAGUUCUCCUAUUGUGCAGUGUAACCGAUGAUCUGAAACGAAUAAUCGGAAGUGACACAACACGUCGAGGGAUGCUGUGCGUUUUCGAGAUGUUCCAGCAUCAGGCCUUGAACAGGCGUCUCGUCUACGUACUCAUGGAAGGAAUGCUCGCGUCUCUCUUCCCGAACAACAAGUUUUGCGAACUAUUCCGUCAAUGGCACGCGCCCUCUCCAACCAUAUCCAUGGUCAGCGUACACUCCGGCGGCGGAGGUGCGAAGUCUCCUCUUGCGACGCCCGAGAUGGCGCAUCGACAGAUGCCGUCUCAGCUUACGACGGCCGCUUCGACCUCUUCCGCGACCAGCUCAGCGACGACUUCGAACCUUGACGCUGGCAACAGAUGA